GGAUUUGCCUCAUCGUUCGUAUUGACAACAAACACCAGGAUGAAUUUCUAGAAGCUGAACGACGUCUAAUCUCGUCCAAGGCCUAUGCCUUUUAUUCUUUUUUUGUGAUUUCGAACUAAGAAUCUUUGAUGACUCAGCAUUGAUUUUAUCGCCUUUUUUAUUGAAAAUUGUAAAAUCGAAAUCCUUGCUCUGGUAUCUAUUAUCAAUCUAAGUGUCUCCAACUGCAUCUUUGGAUUCAACAUUAUUUCCGUGUCGAGAAACUCUCUACUUGUCAGUGUCUACCAAUAAGAACAAAGAAGAUGUCGUGGGGUGCAACGAUAAAAAAGGUAAGACUUCGCAACAUGAACAUUCUCGUUGGCGCGUCGUGCCUGCUUCUUUGGGGAAGUGGGACUUCCCUGCUCGUUGAAGGUCGGAUGUUACCUGGUUCGUCCUCAUCUUCAUCGUCGAGCUCGAGGCCGAUGAAGCGUCCACGCGAAGCUGAAAGUUCAGAUUUUUAUGUAGACUCACACUCACUUCCGCACAAAAUCGACGAAGUUCAUCUCCAUUUCUAGAAUAAACUCAUCAUGUUCCAGGGUUCCAGAUGCAUCUUGUUUUCCCUGGAACAUGAUGAGUUUAUUCUAGUCGUUUUAGGGAAAACAAGGUUCCUCAAGAUGGGAUUUUUAAGUAUAUCAAUCGGACCGAAGAGUUUCCAAAAGUUGUACCUAGCUCUAAGAAGCUGCCGGAACAAGGGGCGCCUCGUCUCGUCUUGAAGAUGACGAAGGAAGCCCUCACCUUCGUGAUAAAAAAGAAAUGCGCCGUCACGUCGCGGAGAACAAAUUGGCUCCAUAUAAUACUCCGAGACCGAAACCACCGGCAGUAGCGAAUCUCCUCUACAGUCUGAGCAAGAGGCUAAAACGAGUCCCUGUCGUUUCGUUAAGGCAUCAACAACAACAAGUAGUUCUAAUAGAAUUUCUAGUCUACUACAUGUACUUAGACUUACAUGAUCUACAACAGAACAAGGAAAUUUAAUUUGAAAUAUUUUCUUAUACUUAUAUAUUCGUAGCAACAUGCAGAUCCACGGCCACAAUGCGAAGCUUGGUUAGACUCAUAUUCCAAUGCUGAUCCUGAAGAUUGCCAAGAUCUAAUUUCCACACUUCUGCAGACUUCAGCAGUGCACUGCAUGAUGGAAGCGCUGACUGUAGAGAGGCUGACAGAUGACACAUCCAGUAUUGCGAAAGAGGUGUUCGAAAUAGCGAAACCUAUCGCAAAGAAGGCGAUGCAAAAAACAAAAAGGUUUUCGAAUGGGGUAAUGAGAAAAAAAGAUGAAGGUACUAUUUUCUUUCUUUUUUUGAUUCGAUCGACGUAGAGGUUGUACGUCGACCUCGGUCCAUAGUUUUUUAAAUACUCUUUUGAAUGAACAUGAUCAUGAAGUCAAUUGCACAAGUAGGAAUCUUUUGAUUUAAAUAUCACUUAGACAAUCAUCAAGUUCAACAUUCUUCUCCAAAUUGAAACUUCAUCUCAUAGCGUUUCUGCAAUUGGCGCGCGCAACACGUCCAGGGAUGCUGAAGCGUGUAAGCAAGGCGAUGCUGAAGGGUGUGAGGCAUGUGAAGGAUAAGUGUGACUUUAAGGCUCGUCACGUCCUGGCUGCUUCAGCUUUUUUAGAGGGCUUAUUCAUGAUCGUGAUCCAUCGUAUAGUUUUUUCUACCUCUUAAUUACCUACACAUGUAGUGACUACGUAGUUCUCAAGGCGUAAAAAUAAUUAACGAUGUAGAUGUUGUUUCUCGAGUAUCUCUUUCUUGUCUUUCUGUUUUUAUAGUGGCCACGUAAGGUCUUAUUUUCAGGCAUUUCUGUUCUAACCUAUACACGACAGCGAAAAACGGAUUAAAAGAGCUCUGUAGACAAGUAAAAGACGCAGACCCUUUCACGAAACUCAAGGACGCGAGGCAAGAGCUCCAUAGGCAAAUGGAAGAAGAAGAUCUAGCCUCUUGCGCUUGGGAUACGAGUACCUCUCUACAUCGUGAUGCCCAGAGAAGAACAGCUAUUCACAUGAUAGAAAAAGAACUGCAGGCCUAUAUCUAUAAUUAAUUUGAAGAAGUUUAUUCUUGUGACCACUUUUUUCUACUACAUCUUCUACACCAACUCCAUCAUCUUGAUUUUUCCCACUUCUCCAUCAUCUUGAUAGGCUAGCGCGUGACCUCAUCCUCACUCGUAGUCGGACUACCAUCACUUUGAGUAUUAUAAUAGUGAGGACUCCUACUUCCGCUUCCGAUUUCUUUUCCUAGAGAGGCACGACUGCGUUGAAGACUCCAACUGCUGUAGCUGUAGUAAGGACUAAGUGUGAAAUAAAUUUCAGUAUAUCUACUCAUUCUCUGAUCUUAUCCUCAACAACAUCGUAGCUCCAAAUAGUUGUACACUUCACCAAGCAUACGCCAUACUUACACUCACAACAGAAAUGUGGUGUGCAGCGGGUGCAGAGAUGUUGUAUCUAUCGCCUUGGCUUGUGCUGACUGCCGUGAUCCGUACUGGAGAGGCAAUCGAUAGUCACAUCUUCCGAGAUCAAUACUCUUUAUGGUCGGGGGCAUUUACAACUACAAGUACAAGGGUCAUCUUUCUUAGCAUCUGCAUCUUGGUAGUAGUAGCAUACUUUUCCCACUCCCAUAGAAGCAUAGGAGCAUAAAAGAUCAGAGGUACUACUAAUGCUACUACCGAAAUGGAGGGACCGGGAUGAGUCUUCCGAAGACUUCAAGCACAUUUUCAACAGUUACACUUUAUCAUCUCUAAAGUUUGCUGAUCCGGAACCGUCGAUCGACAAUCGAUCAGAAGCACUUUUUGAGGAAAUGCUGCCACCUUUAUGGGGGAGUAGUUCUUCAAAAUUAUACAUAGUACAUACUAGAUCUAGAUCUUCCACCACUAUUAUAGUACAUACUAGAAGUAGACGAGAUAGUUUUAAUUCAUCUCUUAGUGUAGAAUUAGAUAUAGAACUAGUCGCUUGAUGAUGAUGAAGUACCAGAGUGAGGACCUGAGUUGUUUGAAGCUGGUGCAGCUGUUUGAGAGUCUGUUUGAGAGUAAGAUCUACUUCUUCUACUUGGAGGAAGUAUCCUUAUCUAUUUCUAUCAAUAGUCCUCCUGGGUUUCUCUCCCUCAUCAUGGAUGCUGGUCCUCUUCCUCUCUCCUAAUCCGGCGGAUCACAGUCCUCUCUCCUUUUUCAUGUUCCACAAAGCGCAAAGGCAUGAAAGAAGAGGACAUUGACGCUUGCAGGGCAGAGGCGCGGAGGAUAGUAACCGUGCGGAAGUCUAUGCAGGAUCAAAUUGAACGUGCGGACAUAGAUUUGUUGGCGAUGCCUGCUCUUGAAAUGGUACCCGAGGAGAAGCAUCGCGGCCGAGUACCAGGUUCUACUGGAGAGGGGUCUUCGUCUGCUGGAGGGUCUUCGUCUGCUGAAGGUGGGUCUUCGUCUGCUGGAGGGUCUUCGUCUGCUGAAGGUGGGUCUUCGUCUGCUGGAGGGUCUUCGUCUGCUGAAGGUGGGUCUUCGUCUGCUGGAGGGUCUUCGUCUGCUGAAGGUGGGUCUUCGUCUGCUGGAGGGUCUUCGUCUGCUCAUGGAGAAGAAGGUAGUUGCUCUGCUGGAGG